GAGAUAGGGGAGCGCAGGUGGCUGUGUCGCCCGCGGCUCCAGGCCGGGUGGCCUCGGGCUCCCCGCCCCCGGUGGGCGGGUCCGGGGCGGAGCGCACAGGCGGGGUGGGCCGGGGACGCGAGGCGGAGCGGGGCCCCCGCACAGGCCGCGGCGGCUGGCUCGGCCCUACGGUCCCGGCGGCGGCUGCAGGAGGAAGCCCGGCGGCUGCGGAGGAGGGGAGGCGGAGAGGCCGAGGCCGCUCGCAAAGACGCUCCCCGGCUCCGCAGGGAAAGGCUCCUAGAAGGUGAGUCCGGACGGUAUGCAAAGUUGUGAACCCAGUGGCGACAGUGCGGAUGACCCUCUCAGUCGUGGCCUGCGGAGAAGAGGACAGCCUCGUGUGGUGGUGAUCGGUGCAGGCUUGGCUGGCCUGGCUGCAGCUAGAGCACUUCUCCAGCAGGGCUUCACCGAUGUCACUGUGCUUGAGGCUUCCAGACACAUCGGGGGCCGUGUACAGAGCGUGAGACUUGGACGCGCCACCUUUGAGCUGGGAGCCACCUGGAUCCAUGGGUCCCAUGGGAAUCCUGUCUACCAUCUAGCAGAAGCUAAUGGCCUUUUGGAAGAGACAACAGACGGGGAGCGCAGUGUGGGCCGCAUCAGCCACUACUCCAAGAAUGGCGUGGCCUGCUACCUUACCAACCGUGGCCGCCGGAUCCCGAAGGACGUGGUUGAGGAAUUCAGCGAUUUAUACAACGAGGUCUAUAACUUGACCCAGGAGUUCUUCCGGCAUGGUAAACCAGUCAAUGCUGAGAGUCAGAACAGCGUCGGGGUGUUCACCCGGGAGAAGGUGCGCAAUCGCAUCAGGGAUGACCCUGACGACACAGAGGCCACCAAGCGCCUGAAGCUCGCCAUGAUCCAGCAGUACCUGAAGGUGGAGAGCUGUGAGAGCAGUUCUCACAGCAUAGACGAGGUGUCCCUGAGCGCCUUCGGAGAAUGGACGGAGAUCCCUGGCGCCCACCACAUCAUCCCCUCGGGCUUCAUGCGAGUUGUGGAGCUGCUGGCUGAGGGCAUUCCCCCACAUGUCAUCCAGCUGGGGAAGCCCGUCCGUUGCAUCCACUGGGACCAGGCCUCGGCUCGCCCCCGGGGUCCUGAGAUUGAGCCCUGUGGUGAGGGUGACCACAAUCACGACACUGGGGAGGGUGGCCAGAGUGGAGAGAGUCCCCAGCAGGGGAGGUGGGACGAGGAUGAGCAGUGGCCGGUAGUCGUGGAGUGCGAGGAUUGUGAGGUGAUCCCAGCGGACCAUGUGAUCGUGACCGUUUCGCUGGGUGUGCUUAAGAGGCAGUACACCAGUUUCUUUAGGCCAUGCCUGCCCACGGAGAAGGUGGCUGCCAUCCACCGCCUGGGCAUUGGUACCACCGACAAGAUCUUCCUUGAAUUCGAGGAGCCCUUUUGGGGCCCUGAGUGCAACAGCCUGCAGUUUGUGUGGGAAGACGAGGCAGAGAGCUGUACCCUCACCUACCCACCUGAGCUCUGGUACCGCAAGAUCUGUGGCUUCGAUGUCCUGUACCCGCCAGAGCGCUAUGGCCACGUGCUGAGUGGCUGGAUCUGUGGGGAGGAGGCUCUCGUCAUGGAGAGGUGCGAUGAUGAAGCCGUGGCUGAGAUCUGCACUGAGAUGCUGCGGCAGUUCACAGGGAACCCCAAUAUACCAAAACCUCGGCGAAUCCUGCGCUCAGCCUGGGGCAGCAACCCAUACUUCCGAGGUUCCUAUUCAUACACACAGGUGGGCUCCAGUGGGGCAGAUGUGGAGAAGCUGGCCAAGCCCCUACCCUACGCCGAGAGUUCCAAGACUGCGCCCAUGCAGGUGCUGUUCUCCGGGGAGGCCACGCAUCGCAAAUACUACUCCACCACCCACGGUGCUCUGCUCUCUGGCCAGCGCGAGGCCGCUCGUCUCAUCGAGAUGUACCGAGACCUCUUCCAGCAGGGCCCCUGAGGGUGUCCUCACUGCCAAAUGUGUUCCUUAAAGAACCACUAACUCGUGACUGCUGGUCCGUUCCCUUGCCCAUGUACUCGUAAUUCCCUAAUUGUCUGUAGAAUGGAAUUUUAUCUUUUGUAGUGGACACUGGGCCGGCCUCAGACCUGGCCCUGUAGCUUUUCUCUUUCUCCAGGCUGGGUUAUGACCAGGUGGGAUUUGGCUUCCUGCUUCCCCCGCUCCCUCCAUGUUAUUGCAAGUGCCUUCAAUACUUUGCAUUUUGGGAUAAUAAAAGAAGUGACCCUUCCCAUG